CCGGUCAUGGCUGAGGAAUUAAAAGACACGAUUGCUCAGAGUCUGGAGUGUCCCGUAUGUCUGACUACCUUCACUGAUCCCAAGAUCCUGUCAUGUUGCCACACCUACUGCAAGGUCUGUCUGGAAAAGCUCUUGGAAUCCCGUGGUGAUGACCAGAUGAUCCGAUGCCCUGUCUGCAGAGCCGAUACCCAGGUACCAAAUCAGGAUGUCAGCCAACUACCGGCAAGCCUAGCUUUGAGGAAUCUUAUAGAAGACGUGAAAAAUCAACAUCAAAUUUGCACGAAUUGUGAUUCCGAGGAUAAGCCCAAAGCUGUUGUCUACUGCCAAGACUGUGGCAACUACCUAUGUAUUACUUGUCACAAUAUGCACUCUCAGUGGAAAAACUUCAUCGGUCAUGAGAUCAUAGCCAUGAGAGAGAUCUCAUCAGGAAAGGUGUCAAUACGUAGAUACCGGAAAUGCAGGAAACAUCCAAAAGAAGAUGAAGAAUGUUUCUGUUCUAAUUGUAAGAGAUUCACAUGCUUCAGGUGUGCUGUUAUGGAACAUAAAGAUCAAGGACACCAGGUCAUCGAGUCAGCUGCUUAUGAAAGUAAUCACACGAGGACCAUCAAAGAGCUUAAAUCCAAGGUGGAGAAGAAGCAAUAUUGCUUUCAGAAGUACAUUAAUCUCAUCGAUGAAGAAAAGAAAUGUGUGGAUGAUGCUAUGAACCAUUGCACAGAUAACAUCAACAAAGCGUAUGAUGAAGCAGUUCGGCAGUUGACAGAGAAGAGAGAAAUCCUACUUGGUGAAGUCAAGGGAAAGACGGAAAGAGCAGAGGAAGCCCUUGAAGAAAUGAAGAAAUCAGCUCAGCAGCGCAUCAAUCAGUUGACGACCAUUGCUGAGAUGGUAACCAAUAGGAGAAAUGCACCAGUAGACAUGGACACUUUGGCUGUGUAUGACACUUUAUGUGAAAACCUACGGGAGGCCUUAAAUCGGGGAAAUCCUGAUUACGAGCAGUUGAAUAAGACUAGCGGGAAGGCGAAAAGUUCCAUGUUUGAGAGAAAUAUCGAAAAGGACGAGCUAGAUCUUGGUAAAAUUGUUAAUGCACAUGUACUAGUUGUAAAGAGCAUUGCUUUUCCUCCUAAAAUUAGCAUGAAUGCCAUGAUAAACACACCAGAUGGUAGGAUGGCAGUAGGAUAUGGUGAAGCAUUGGGCGUGAACAUCUUCUCUGCUUAUGGUCAUCUCCAGCAGACAGUCCUCAAGGGUGUUAAUAUUUUUGCAUUAGGUUUCCUCUCUGAUGGUCGUUGUGUUGUAAUUGAUACAUCAAACACUGUAGCACUGUACACAUCAGAGUUCACGAAGUUGGAUGUGAUGUUUGAGACUCUGAAUUGCAUUGAAGGUGGGGUUUCUAACCUCACUGUUGAUAGUGAUGAUCUAAUCUAUGUUAGCUACAGGAUACCCAAGAAGAUCCAUGUGUUCUCAUCAGCAGGUGGGAAGGCUAUCAAGGAGAUACCAUGCCUUGGAUAUAUACCUGGGCAAAUCAUUUCCUACAAUGAUUCACUAAUCAUUAGUACACAUAAUACUGUACGAUUGAUAGACAAAGAAGGUGAUGUAAAACAUACAUUAACAAAACCAAGUAAUUCUUUCCCCUUUGCUGCAGUGUCUCAAAGAAAUACAAUCCUGAUAGCCACAGUGAAGCACGAUAAAGGUUUGGUGAGCAUCGAUGAGUACACAGACGAACUGGAGCACGUUCAGAACCUUGUUAAUGAGUGCAAGAUUGAGAAGUCUGAGAGACAAUGGUUUCAUCUCAAGCAGUACCGAUCAGGAGAGAUCGCCUUCUGCACUCCUGAUAACCUCUAUAUUAUCAUAGGCAGAUCCAGGGGGGGGCCCGGGCCCCAACUAUUGGCGGAGCAAAAAAAAAGAAGGGAAGAGGGAGGAGAAAAAAAGGGGGAACAUAAGAGGAUGAAGGCGAGUGAAUGAAAUAAGAUGAGGGAAGACUUGGAAUAUUUAUCUUCUGUGGAAUUAUUUGCACGCCAUCAAUGAACUGUUUGCAGUUUUUUUGAGAGAGGAAUUCUCAGUUCUCAUCGAGAUCAUCAACCUGUUUAAUGAACGCUUUUCAACCACUGGAUUGCUGAAAUUGACUUUUAAUCAUCAUCAACAUCGUCUUCACAGACAUUUCAACUCGUUACAGUGACUCUUGUUAUUCAUCGUGUUUCAACAUCAGUUUCAUCAUCGCCAUCAUUGUGAACUUUAAUUUAAGGAAUUUUCGCCAGCCAACUUGGAUCUUAUCUGGAUUAUAUACUGGACUAUCGUAACUGUGAACUAUAAUCAACACUUCAAGAGAUGUAAGACUGUUCUAAUUUUAAAAAAUGUGUUUGUGUAUGGUUAAUUAUUUCCUGUAAUAAAAAAAGGAAAUCAAAUCUAAACCUAAAUUUUAAUUGUUAUUUGUUGCAGUAUCGUAACAAAACAUGCCUACCUUAUAAAAUGUGUAUAGUGAUCUUUUUUUUUUCAUUUGAUAUUUUACAUCAGAGGAUAUCAUAUCCCUCGUUCUCUUGUUAAUCUUUUUCUUGUUUUGAGAAAUGCCUUCUGAAUUCUGAACACUUACCUUAAAAAUAAUGACUGCAUAAUUAUCAGUCAAUCCCAUGCUUGAGAGAUUGUUUAAUACGAAAAUGAAAAACCAUUUUUUUUUUGUUAUGGUAGGGAUUCCGACUACUUGUAGACCUAUAAUCGAGAUAGUUCAGAACACAUUGAUGUAAUUUGAUAAUAUGCUGAUUACAUUCAGAUUCAGAUUUAUUUCACAGAAUAAAAAGAAAAGCAAUUAGCAAAAAGUCUAAUGACCAGCAUUUUAUGCCAUUUGGCGCAAGCCUUUUUCUUAACCCCUGACAAAAACGUUUGAUGUUCAUUUUUUUUAAAUGGCAUUUGAGAGAGAAGAACAUCAAAACAUAUAAAGACAUCAUAAUUUGAAACAAAAUUUUGAUAGACUUUUCAAAACUGUCCCGUUUUUUUUAUACGCACUGUAGUUUAGAAAAUUGUAGUAAAGAUUAUAUUAUGCCAAUUGUGGAGUCUAUAACAGCUAUGCCAUUUUCGGGUGAAAGGUCUAUAAUAGAAUGUGCGAUAUAUGUUGAGAGGGAUAAUGUACAGAAAUGUACAUAACCCAAUAAAAAAUAUGUACAUUUUACUGUAAAUUACUGUUAUAGUAGUGAGAGGUUUUCCUUUGGAUUUCGAAACAAGAUAUUUUUAAUUUCUUGAUUUUUCAUGUGCAAAUUGUACAUAUUCUUUUAUUCAUUGUAGUAUUAGUAUUUUCCUAAAAGUUGGUAUAAACAGGCAUGACUUUAUAUGUGCCUGUUUGCCCAUGUUUCACAUAUUCGCCUGUCUUAUGGGUUGUUUCACAGUGUGACCAAACUGAAACUGUCUGGUUUGACUGCACAAAGGUUGUGUUGUUUCCUUUAAAUUUUUGUGUAUGUGUUGUAAACAAGUGAAAUUAUGUAUCUUUUUGUAAGGCAUAAGGUCAUUCACUAAAUUAUCAUUUUUUUUUAAGGAGUUCAAUCUUUUUUAUCACAGGUUUUGUCAAUUGCAUAAUUUUGGAGAGGACACUUUGGACAGAAAUGGAUUUGACUACAAUAUCAAAUUGAUUGUCUGAAAAAUAAGUGGAUGUGGGCAAAGUGAACACAAGUGUUCUUUUAGACAAAAACAUUAUUAAGGAAAUAUCUAACCAUAAAAACAUUUUCAGAGAGAAUAUUUUUGGACAGAAAUGACAUACGAUUUUCGGUUAAAAGUAACAAAAAAAUUGUAAUUGUAACUGUUGAUGGAAAGACCAGAGUAGAAUUAUAAUCUUUUUGAUAAUUCUGUCUUGUCUCUGCUUUCAUUUACAUGUAUGGCUGUUUCUGUCAAAUCACAAUAAAUCCAAACAUAUGGUUACAGUUUAUAAUUCCGAAGGUUCCUUAUGCCGAAGGUUCAUAAGGCUUAUAUUAACAGGCUCAUAGUUCCGAAACAUGUAAAUUUCCUAUACUUCGCUGUUCGUUAAUCCGAAAAUGAAAAAGGGUUAAUCCGAACAUUUGUGGCGUUAUUCCGAAGGUUCUUUAGUCCGAAAACGAAAUAAGGUUUGUUGUUCCGAAAGUUCGUUAAUCUGAAAACAGAAAACGAAAUAAGGUUUGUUAUUCCGAAGGUACGAUAGAUGUUGCGAGCGUGAAUCGGGGGGGGGGGGGGCAAAGCCAAAAAUGAGGGCACUCACAUGUAAAAAUUGGCAUUUCAGUGCUAACUAUAAUUUUCACCAUGAGAUUAUCAUCUGUUUGCACCAAAAUGCCCAUUUUGACAUAUACAUGCCCUUCUUGGCUUUGGCCCCAAAACCAAAAUAUGUACCGCCGCCCCUGCCUCCCCAUCCUCAUAACAACUAAACAGCAACGGUGUUUCCAUCCCCACCCCCUCCACCACGCAUGUCCCUUGCCCUUCCUGUUUUCCCAGCUUCGCCAAAGAUUAUUUUCAUUUCAUUUAUGGAUUAACGAACCUUACUUCGUUUUCGGACUAACUAACCUUCAGAACAAUGAACCUUAUUUCGUUUUCGGAUCAACGAACCUUACUUCAUUUUCGGACUAACGAACUUUGUUUCGUUUUCGGAUUUACGAACCAUCAAAAUUACAAACCAUCGGAAUUCCGAACCUUCGGAAUAACGAACCUUCAGAAUAACGAACUUAACCCAAAAAUACACAUUACUUAGUUAAUUGAAAAAGAAUGCAAGGUACAAAUGUAUAUAUUGCUACUGAACUCAAAAUUUGUGAUUUCACAUUUAAUUUUUGUUUGCCAUGUUGUUUACGAUGCUACAUUUAUUUUAAAUAAUGGAUUCUAUUGCUGUUUUAAAUGGAAAUCAAAAUGGGUGUUUUAGAGUACUCUAUUUAUCUUUAAAAUGUUUUUAUCACUUUCUAGAAAUUAAUUAGUCAAGAAAAUUUUCUUAUUCAAAAAAUUGAAAACUAAAGUAUGUUAUGCACCUGAAAAUUUGAUUACUCAAAAAAAAUUUAAGUAUGCAUUUGUGUCAUUUACUGAACAUUCCUAGUUAUCAAGUAUUCCGACUAGUUUUCUUUCCUCUGCUCUCUCUCUCUGUCUUUCACUCUCUUCCUUUCCCCUCUCCCAUCUUUCAAUAAAAUCUUAAUAUACCUUGCACACUACAUGUGUAUAUAUCAUUGACGUAUAUAGUCAGAAACAUAAGCCUUAUUCUUUAAGAUGAUACAUAAUAGAGGUCAUAAUAAUUAUUGUA